AACACUGGCGAUGAAAGCGGCACAGGUGUCCUGGAGUAAUCUCCCAAGGAUCAGAAACUCGAUAGGAAAGAUACAAUGUCCAACUCGGUCAAAAAGGCUAUCCAGAAGCUAUUCGACGAUGCUGCGAAGAGCAAAUCCGCAAUGUCCCGCCUUCUCAAUCCAAGUGCAGAUGGUGCGGGAGGUCGUGUCUACCCCGCCAGGAACUCCAAAAACGAUGCCAAGUAUGGAAUCCGCGUUGACAAGGGGGAAGCGGUCCACGGUCAACCAAACAAACUCCGACUCCAUCUGCAGAUCAACUCCAAUGCAGAGAGCAAGACGCUCCGAGAUCUAGCGAAAAAAGAUCCUCAUCGCGUCGUUUCUACUGCCGAUGUCGACACUCAGCAAGGUGCUACGAAGGAAGGUCUAGAAGAUCUAGAAGCACAGUUCAAGAACAAUCUCAAGUUUUGAAUUUCUACAAUCAAGACGCUAUCUCUACUUCAACCUCAUUUCCACAUUUGUACGAUAUGGGGCCUUAAUUGGAACAAUUUAGCAAUCAAAUGCAAAGACUUUUGCUUGGUGUAGCAUUCUAUAAGUUAUGUCUUAAUAAGGC